GGCAAAGCUAUAUGCUACGGAGAUCGUGUUGAGUUGCAAGAACGUUGGGUUCAAAUGAGAGCUUGCUUUCGGUUCUUCUCUUCUCCUUUCGGUUCUUUCCUUUUCCUUCUCUUCGUUGAUUCUUUUGGUUUCCUAAACAGAAUGCAUCACUUGUACUGUGGCAGUUGGAGACACUGGCAGGUCGUGGGUAGGAAACAGUUGCAGCCGCUGUAUUUCCAAGGAUAAUUACAUUGACAGUUUUCGGUUUCACUGGAUCGUUGUCAAGUCAAUUCCAGGGACACGUUAGACACGGUCCGUUCCCGCAUAGUCAACCAUGGAUGCGAUGAUCUCGGUUAGCCGUCGAGUAGGUCCGCGUGUAUAUACCUAUGCUACUACUCGGCAGGCUGACAAUUAGUGAUAAGAUGGACGUCUAGGACCGGGAGACCAAGAUUGUCCUACCAUGACGGCCAUUGAUAGAAUAAACCAGCCGUGCCUCGUCAUCGCCUCCCAAAGACGGUGAUUUGGGCCAGG